CAAGGUGGUCUUGCAUGAACAGCUGAGAUUUUCUUAAUCGUCCUCUGGAUGAGAUGUGGAGUGAAAUGAUGCAUAAUUAUUAAAAAGUAUAAAGACAAUUUUGUAACUUUUCUUACGUUAACCAAUUCAUGCUCUGAGUAAGAAAGAAUCUUUUCAUUUGUAACUGGUGUUUCAUGUAAAAAGCGGAACAAAUUUUCUGGUGAAAUGUUAAAUCGCACAUGAUGUGCUUCAAUUUUGAAGUCACCAAAAAAUCAUAAUCGCUUACAUAAUGCAAAUCAUUUACUACUGAAAUAUGUAUGUAGUAUGUUUUGAAUUCGUUGGGAAUUUUGUGACAUAAAUUUUUAAGAUGUGGCUAAUUGAGGGAUUUUUUUCCGAUUUUCGUUGGAUUUUUAACAGAAUAUCUGGCAUCACUGAGCUGAAGUAGACUUGUGUAUACUAGAUGCAAAUAUGCGAACAGGCUCAGUUUUUCUUUGUGCUUCUGGUACUCGGGUGUGAAUUUCGCUUCGGACUUUAAAAAAAACUACAAACUAUUAGUGAAAAUAAUUACAAUAAACUUUUUUUAAGUGAAUAAAGAUUAUUGAUAGAAAGAAAUUGGCUUGAUGAUAUUUCACCAGAAACAUGUAAGCCUAAAGGAAGUGUAAUACUUUGGACACAUAACUGGGAAAAUAAGUAGGUUCAAUUACUUGCCUGAUACGAUCGUAAAACUGGAGUUUUAAACACGUGAAAUAAAAUAUAUAGAAUUGAAGAAGUGAAAAUCUAAAAUUUAAAUUCGAACAGAAAGACAUUAGGUAUAAGAUGUUCUCGUUCCACAAACCACGAGUGUAUCGCUCGGCUGAAGGAUGUUGUAUUUGCCGUGCUAAGUCGAGCAGUUCACGUUUCACCGAUUCGCGCAAAUAUGAACAAGAUUCCAUGAAAUGCUUCGAUCUGAAGUAUCCCCGACACGGAGAGAUUUGCAAUGCGUGCGUGUUGUUGGUGAAACGUUUCAAACGUCUUCCCAUAGGCAGUACUCGGCAUUGGGGACAUGUUGUUGACGCACGAGCCGGACCAGGCACAAAGUCCAUAUCAAAACAUAAGAAGAGCCGUGACGAUGCUGAAAAUACAUCAAAUAAUACAAUAAGUAACAAUACAAACUCCCGGCGUACACAUAGCUCAAAAUCGCUUAUACCCGAAAAAUUUUCAAAAAUCUUUAAAAAAAGUAAGAAAAAUAAAUUGAAUGUGGUGCCCAAUACUGAUAAGAAAACUGGCACACGUCGAACCUCCAUAACCAGUUUAAAAACAUGGGGUGACCAAAAUUCGUUGUCCCACACACCCGAUUCAGUAGAUAGUGACUACGAAGAUAUCGGUGAAGGUGGGGAGGCUUGCGAAGUCAGCCAAAUAGGCAAUAGCUCAACUGUGCAAUUUCAAACACAAACUCGCGCGUCUUCGUAUCGUGCCUGCCGGAAGAGGACCAGCAGCGGCAAUACCUCUAUUAAUAUAAUUUCUUUUCGGAGAAGUCUUAAAAUCGGUAGUAAACGGCGAAAAUGCAUGCCACCCAUGCGGAAUCGGUCCACAAUGAAGAUUUUCAACGACAAAAUGCAAUUCUUCGAUGAAUCAGAAUGGCAGGAGCGCAAGUCCUGUUGCGGUAUGGUGUAUGUGUGCCCAGAAUUAACUGGAACAAUAUUAAUCGAUAUGGAGAACUUCAAAGCUUGUCCAGAACACCAACGUCCGCGAGGUGUAGAUGUUGCGGGUAGCAAAACAGCUAAGGAGCAGCAACCGGUGGCUCCGCAAAAGACAAUCAUCGCAACUUUGCCCGCAGUGGUACAAAUAUCAGCGCCAUCAGUUGCUAGCGUUUGCCUUCCACCGCUACCCACUGCAGUGCCUGUUUUGAAUCCGAAUCCUACUCCAGUAUUGAAGAAGCAUCACCUUUUCUUCAAAAGGCAGUCUGAAUGCUUUCCUCAAGUAGAUCUCCCUGUGAAUAAUAACAUAGUAAUCUCUUCGAAUAAGACUGAGUCCCUGGCAGCAAUAACAACUACUCCGGUUAUAAUCAAAAGCAGUACCAACAUCACCAACCAUAAAACUACAAUACCAACCAUACCACAUACAUCUGCAAUAAAUAAUGCAAAUAACCCAUCUACUUCCGUUUCCACACCGCUAGCAUUAGCUGUUAAUACUACGAAUAUGCCUGCCAUAUCGAGCAUUUCUCCCUCUAGUUCCACGCCUAUGAGCGGGCAAAUGCCGCGACAUUCUACCGCCAAAGUAACAACAAUAUCCCCGCCUUUGCCCGCGGCAACAAAUAUGGCUAGCGGAAAUAGGCUAUUGCAUAAAAUCAAGUCAGGAAAAAUAUUCAAGCAAUCUCUGGACAAA